AAAAAUUUGUCAAGCCCGUUUCUCCGCGCUCUCCCGUGCCCGCCGCGUCGGUUCCGGCCUCUCUCCUCCCUCCAGACUCCAUUCCCUCCCGCUCCUCGUCGCGUCGCUAGGGUUUCUCCCCUCCGCCUCCGUCCCAAUUCCGGCCGAUCCCCGCCCGAGAUGGUCUCUGGCGCCGGGCCCUCCAGCGGGCCGGCCCACUCCGCGUCCACCGGCGCCGGGGGCGGCUCCCCCUCUGACAAGGGCGGCGCCGCGCCUUCGGUCUCUGCCUCGGUCUCCACGCCUGCCAGCGAGAGCACCGUGGCCCGCCGCCUCAACGGACUCGACCUACAGGCCGACGACGCGCCAUCGUCGCAGCCAGCCACGAGCAAGAAGAAAAAGAGAGGGGCACGCGCCGUUGGUCCUGACAAAAAUGGCCGUGGAUUGCGCCAAUUCAGCAUGAGAGUCUGUGAGAAAGUUGAAAGCAAAGGGAGAACAACCUACAAUGAGGUGGCUGAUGAACUGGUUGCUGAGUUUUCAGACCCCAACAUUAAUAUUGACUCUCCAGAUCCUGAUAAUCCCUCUGCACAACAAUACGAUGAAAAAAAUAUUCGACGAAGAGUUUAUGAUGCGCUGAAUGUCCUAAUGGCAAUGGAGAUUAUAUCUAAAGAUAAAAAGGAAAUACAAUGGAGAGGCUUGCCCAAGACAAGUAUGAAUGAUAUUGAAGAAUUGAAGACAGAGAUCGUUGGACUGAAAGGUCGGAUUGACAAGAAAAGUGCAUAUUUGCAGGACUUACAAGAUCAAUAUGUAAGUCUCCAAAACUUGGUACAACGAAAUGAGCAGCUCUAUGGGUCAGGAGAUGCACCUUCUGGUGGAGUGGCCUUGCCAUUUAUACUAGUUCAGACACGUCCUCAUGCAACCGUAGAAGUGGAGAUAUCAGAAGAUAUGCAGCUGGUGCAUUUUGACUUCAAUAGCACUCCAUUUGAGUUGCAGGAUGAUUCCUUUGUACUGAAAGCUAUGGGGUUAUCUGGCAAAGAAGAAACUGAUGGCACCCAAGCCCCUGUUGCCAAUGGAGGUGAGUGCUCAAGUACACCGAACAAUUAUUGGCAUCAAUCGCCGCAGCCUACGAGGCCAAGAGGAGUAAGGCUACCAAACUCGCCUCCUAUUCCAGGGAUACUAAAAGGGCGUGUCAAGCAUGAACACUAGGCCUUGAUACACUUGUUGGUGUUGCAUGACCUAUUUGGCUUUACAUGUAGAAACGCUUGUAAAUUAUGUCAUUAGGGGCAAUGGCAGUCUAAUUUUACUUUGCUGAUGGUAGUUCGAUGGGCGUCAUGAUGUGUGCCUGACGCCUGGCUCACAUUAACUCCUAGGUUUCAGUUAUCUUGUUGAGGAAAAGAAUCUUUGGUUCAGUGUAAUUGCUUAGAAUUAUCUUCUGGAAGUAGUCGGCAUCGAUUUAAGAUGAUAGUACGUAUUCCAGGAUAUUGUAUGCUUCUUUUGUUAGGUUUGUGUUGGAGUUGGAGGAGUUCAGAUAUGAUAAAGGCACACUAUUGUCCGUGCAUUUGAAGUCAUGUACGGUAAAAGGAAACUCUUUUUUUCUGUUAGCA